AUGCUUCUGCCCAUUUCUUUUUUCUUUCGGAUUUUCUUCAUAAUUUUCUCUCUAAUUCAGCUCCUGACAGGGAUUGUUGGAAACCUGCUGAUCUUGGCAGUCAAUUGUAGGACCUGGAUCAAAAGUAAAAACCUUUCCUCCUUUGAUACAAUCCUGUCCAGUCUCGCCAUCACCCGAUGCAUAUGUCUGUGUAUAAUGUUCCUGUACUUGGUGUUCAGCUUAAUUUUUCUAGAGAGUGAAUGCCCUGUACUUAUAUAUGCGAUGAUUUUGAACUCUUGGAUAGUCCUGGAUUCCUGCAGCCUCUGGAUUGUGACCUUGCUCAACAUCUUUUAUUGUGUGAAGAUUGCAAACUUCAACCAUUCGUUGUUUCUCUGGCUAAAGCGAAAUCUGUCCUUGAAGAUGCCCUGGCUGUUGCUAGCAUGUCUACUGGUUCCUGUCUUUUCACAUUUUCUAUCUAUUUUGCUCAGCAAAAUCCCUAGCUCAAUUGAUUCCACUCAGGAGAAUGCAAGGAACAGCACCAACAUCAGCAGCAGGGGCUCCAUUUUCCUUAUAGUGGCCUCUGUAGUUCUAAGCUUCAGCCUCCAGUUUGUCAUCAAUUUGGUUUCCUGUUCCCUGUUAAUCUCUUCCCUGAGGAGGCAUAUGCAGGAGAUGCAGAGAAAUGCCAACAGCUUUUGGAACCCCCAGACCGAAGCUCAUGUAGGUGCUAUGAAAGCUAUGAUUUUUUUUCUCAUUCUCUAUGUUCCUUAUUCCAUUGCUCGAAUGAUUAUCUUUCUCCCUUCCACUGGGAUAAGAAAUUAUUGGAUCAACGGCAUAUUGCUAGUGGUCAACUGCACUUACUCUCCAGGACAUACUAUCUUCAUUAUUCUAUUGCACCCUAAACUCAAAGCAAGAAUAAAGAACAUUCUAUGGUGCAACUGA